UAUUAUUUAUAUUAUCUGUAUGACGUUGACGCUGCAAUCGUGUCAUCGUUUUACUUACACGUUGUCAUAUAUUACGAAUUAAAAAUAAUAUUUACGCUGAUUGCUUAUCAGAUUUUAUAGUUACAAAUCAAUUUUUAUUUUAAACUAUUAUAACAUGUCGUCUACUGAAGAUAGCUCUCAACUUAAAGCGGGACAUCCUCCCGCAGUCAAGGCUGGUGGUAUGAGAAUUACCCAACACAAAGUGCCUCACGCGAAAGACGCAAAAGAAUCAACUACAACAGAGGACCUAACUGGUCUCUCUGGUCCCUCACCAGUUCCGUCCAACCCAGUGUCAAUAGCUGGGGCUCCAAACAGGGGCAACGCUGACUUCACCCCUCAAGCAGCACAAAUAGCUCACAGUCCCAAACCCCCAGUCCAUGUUAAUGUUAAGCCAUGCCCAAAUAUUCAACAACCUCGCAAGUAGAUAUCAAGCAAAAAACUCAACUCAUACAUAUUUUCUAGUUACUCGAGCCUUGAUUAUCUUGACAUGAGUAAUUAUGAAGUACUAUGAGUGAGAAAUAACUUAUGUUGGGUGUUUUUCAUCUUCAAAUAACAAUCAAUAAAUAAAUAAUAUAAAUCUCCAACUAUAUUGAUGUAGGAUCAUUGUUACAAUAAGGAGAAAUUUUAAAUGCAAUAAUAGUGUUAUUUAGGAAGGUGUUAGAUGUUUAUAAAUUUUUCUACUGUUCAGAUAAUUGUUCAAUUCAAUGGAUAGAUUUAAAUGAUAGUAAAUGAGGUAAAAACUUUAAACAGCUGUGUAAAUGAACAAACACCUAACAUAAAUAAAACUAGAGCUGAAUAAAUCUGUAUGAUAAAACAUCAUUAGUAAUUAAAAGUAUAUUGAACAUUACCAUACUUUUAAAUCAUAUAGAUUUAUUUUACUCGGCAGCCAUAUGAUUAGAUUGAUAUAUUAAGAAGUAAACUAAAUAGUAAAUAAGCAUUAUUAUUCCAGAAUUAUAACAUAGUUAUAACUUGAAGUUACAACUUAGUAUGAACACCAAUGUACUGCCAAUCUUUUUAUAGCAACCUAAUCAAGGCAUUUUCUAUUUGAUCCAAUUAUUUUUUUUUUAAAUAGCAUCUCACUAUGUAACUGACAUAAAGCAAGUAUGAAGAUAAUCUUACUAGACAAUACCACAAUAAUAUGUAGAAUCAAUAUUUUAGAAGGAUACUGAACAUAUAAUAGUAAUUGAGCUAUGACAAAUUU